GUUGUGGUUGGCUGAGCAACCCAUCCGUCUGAAGCCGCAGCUAGGCGGGGCUUCCUGGAGCAGCGGGGAGGGCAGUGUCGGAACUUGGGUGCUGCACUCAACAGUGAUGUCUAGUUCCUAGGUGCAGAAGACAGAGACGGAGACGGUGCUUACGAGCCUGGGAUUCCUCCAGAGAGAAACUGGUGCACGCUCGGGUUGCGACGAGGGCCUUCCACAGAGCCUCCACCCUGCAGCCUCACAAAAAGCCCAAAGGCCCACGAGCGGAAAGGGCAUUCCGACCCGGUCUUGGCGUCGGGGACAGUCAGCACCACGGACGCGGAAUACCAAAGGAAGACAGAGUUCGCCGGAACCCCUAGCUGCCUGUUCUCGUAGGCAGCGUCGGCCCAUCACACCGCGCUUUGGAGAAGACCCCCUACCUCUCUCAAACUCGAGGUCCCAAUACUGCGUCCUCUUGAAGAUCGACCCCGAAAGUCAGAAAAGUUGGUAUUGGGGCGAAAUGAAGUGUUCCACCCACUCAAGCAAGUAGGGUACAUCUGUGUCAGACGCAAAUGACAUGUUUUCAACAGUUUUUGACAUUUCAAAGAAACGAGUAUUGCAUGUAGACAUAUGUGGCCCCCUUGCCCGGAUGUUUGACCUACAGCAGGAGCCAGCUACCUUCAGGUUGGACGUGGAUGGACCCAGCCUGGGAUGGAUCCCAGGGGUCUCGACCAGGCACAGCUAGUAUCCGGGUACGGGAGCUGAGCUGGCAGGGCCUAAACAAUCCCCACCCACAAAACAAGAGACUGGGCAGCCAUGGGGAUAUCCAUAGGGAGCGGCGGGUGGAGGAGCACCUAUCCCCUGCUCGACUGCAGGCCCUGGCCCAGGUAGAUGACCUCCAACUGGUGAGGGUGCUGGAGAUGUGUGUGGACACCCGUAAGAACAGCCUGGGGAACUUCGGAUUGCACCUCCCUAACCUGAUCCAACUGAAGCUGAACCACAGCUGCCUGGGCUCCCUCAGAGACCUGGGCACUUCUCUGGGCCACCUGCAGGUGCUGUGGCUGGCUCGCUGUGGCCUGACUGACUUGGAUGGCAUUGGCUCCUUCUUGGCACUGAAGGAACUUUAUGUCUCCUACAACAACAUCUCGGACUUGAGCCCACUGUGCCUGCUGGAGCAACUGGAGGUGCUAGACCUUGAGGGCAACAAUGUGGAGGACCUGGGGCAGAUGCGGUACCUGCAGCUGUGCCCACGCUUGGCCACGCUCACACUGGAGGGGAAUCUGGUGUGCUUAAAGCCAGACCCUGGCCCUUCCAACAAGGCACCCCAGGACUACAACUACAGAGCAGAGGUAAAGAAGCUCAUCCCUCAGCUCCAUAUCCUAGAUGAAGUACCCACCACAUGUACCAACUUACCUGCUCCCCAGAAGCUGAGCCAGGACUGGCUGAUGGUGAAGGAAGCCAUUAAGGAAGGCAGCGUGCUUGACAUUCUCCUCCCUCGGCUGGAUUACCCCCAUGGAGCCACCAUUCGGAAACUUGACCCAACCUUGCCUGUGCCUGAGACUCAGCCAUGGGCCUUAUCCCUGCUGGUCCCUGGGGGCCCCUUGCCUGAAGGUUUGCUUUCUGAGAACCCAGCCACAGAAGACCAUGCCAGCAACCUCACCCAUGGUCCUGGUCAAGUUCUCUGUGGGAACCCCACCAAAGGCCUUCGGGAACGAAGAAACCAGUAUCAGGAAUGGGCACCCCUGGAACAGCUGCCCCCACAUAGGCCAGAUCUGGCCAUCAGACCCUCCACCCCAAGGCCUGACCCUGCAGAAAGCUGUGACCUGUCCAUGACUGGGCUUCGGGCCUGGAGGGAGCCUAGCCUGCGUCCUCUUCUCCAAAGACAGCUGGAGUUCCAGCAGGAAAGACCUGCUCAGGUCCAAGCCCAGGACUCACAGAAGGCUUCUGUAGAACAGGAAGACCAGACUGGACCCAAAACUUCCCUAACCCCACCACGCCUGGUCUCAGAAUUUUCCAGGACAUCAGGCUUUCACUUGAUCCCUUCUCCCCCAAAGUACCCAAUGCCACCUGAGUCAGGCAUCAGCUCCUUGGGGAGAUCCGCAGACCUGCCCUUCAGAGGACGUAGGCUUAGAGUCCUGGGCAGCUUGGGGCCUAGCCUGGGUGAGGGGUCUGUCCUGGGUGAGAGAUUGGCUGCAGUGACUGCCUUGAGAGCCCUGGAGGUAUCCUCAGGCCCCAGCCAUCGAGCCCAGGGGUGUCCAGACCCAAAGCCAGCACUAGGUCCAGCAGCUUGCCCUUCAGGGCUCCACUGCCUUCAUCACCUGAACCCUAUCCCUCCAGCCCAUUCUCUCCCUUAGUGUAACCCUCCCUGGCUGACAUCUCUUGGCCUAGGUGAGGCCACAGUGAAGUGGGUGGAGCUGGGGCUGGACUCUUCAAAUAUCCCAGGACUCUGGGUCAUCUAUAUGGCCCAAAUUCUGAGCCUGCUUAUCCUAGGGUUCAAAAUGGCAUGACCAUCCUGGGAAGAUUUGCAGGUUUCCUUAUGUGGGGCAGUUCCUCUUGGGACACCAUAUUCCCUCUGUAAAAGCCAAGCGAAUAAUUUUCAACUCUCAGGUAUGCAGAAAUGUGCUUUACUUUGUAAGUAAUGGUUGGUUCAAUAAAUUAUGAAGCUGGCACUGCC